AUGUCUGUGAGAGAGCAGAGCGGGGUACAACGUCUCAAGGAAAACAUGUGCCCGACAAAAAAUCUGAAUCACGCCGCGCUGAGACUCGACAAAACUGAGUCCUGCUCUCAUCCACGAAACUUCCAAUUUCAGAUAGAAUUUGGGUAUCCCCUCUACAGCUGGUUCACCGGCGUCAACCAUCGCACCCCUACGGUCAAAGCCGCCCGCGAUGCCCGCCAAGACGAGAUGGACACACCCCAAAUCAUGGCACAAGCUCUCGCUGUCGUCUCAAUCGGCCUGCACAUUGUGAUUCAGGUGGAGGCCAUGCGUGGCGAAUACCUUAGAUUAAUUGCAAAGCAGUCGGAUCGUGGCUGGGUCAAACCGGUCAAUUCUCUGCUACGGGAUGCCGUAUUGCGGUGCGCUCCUGCCUGCUUGUCGCCGGCCGGCCGCGGAGUCACGGCAAAAGCAUAUGACAUUUGGGACCAGGAUGGCUGCGCCUCGCUUGAUUUGGAUCUGACAGAUGUCAUCCGUAAUCUUAUGGGGCCGGGUACUGGCCGUGUCGCCGUGCUUGAGUCAUAG